AUGCCUGUUGAUAAAUCUUGGAUGCAAUCUGGGAGGUCGUCAGAAGAUUAUUUUGUAGGAGUUGAAAGUUUUCUCAAUUAUGCAUACAACCAUGUUAAGCCGGAUGAUUCUAAGAUCUUCUGUCCUUGCUCUAAAUGCAGUAAUCGAUAUAGACAUCUGAGGUAUGAGGUACACAAGCAUCUUCUUUAUAAUGGAAUUAAACUAACUUAUACUACAUGGUAUUUGCACGGUGAGGGUGAGGAUGAGGAUAUUGAUGAAAGUGAUGAUAGUGAUGAAAGUGAUGAAAGUGAUAGUGACAAUGAUGGACAUGAUGUGGCCAGUAUGGAGCAAGACGAUGAUAUGCAUGGUUUAAUAGAAGAAGGUUGUCCACAAGAUCCAAAUGGAGAUGCGCACAAGUUUUACAAAUUGUUAGAAGAGGCAGAACAGCCAUUGUACGCUGGUUGUGAAUCAUAUUCUAAUUUGUCUUUUGUUGUGAACCUUAUGCAUAUCAAGGGUAUUGGUACUAUGAGCAAUAAAGCAUUUGGUAUGUUGCUAACAUUGUUGAAAAAUGCAUUUCCUUUUUGUGAGAAGUUACCUACAACCACUAACGGUGCAAAGAAAAUUAUUUUAGAUUUAGGUCUUCAUUAUGAUAAGAUAGAUGCAUGCAAUAAUGAUUGCAUCAUUUAUUAUAAGGAGCAUGCAAAUGCAACGCAGUGUCCUACAUGUAAGCUUUCGAGAUGGAAGAAACAAGGAAAGGGUAGCAAAAAGAAAGGUAAAAGGGUUCCAUGGAAGGUGCUUAGAUAUUUUCCACUCACACCAAGACUUCAAAGAUUAUUCAUGUCAUCCAAGACAGCUGUAGAUAUGAGAUGGCAUUUUAAGGAUCGUGUAAAAGAUGGAGUGUUGAGGCAUCCAGCAGAUUCUGAGGCUUGGAAAUCGUUUAAUCAAAUUCAUGAGUCAUUUGGUAUGGAACCUCGAAAUGUAAGACUUGGUUUGGCAACAGAUGGAUUUAACCCUUUUGGGAACAUGAAUUUGCAUUAUAGUAUUUGGCCAGUUCUUAUAUACCCAUAUAAUCUUCCUCCGUGGAUGUGCAUGAAGGAGCCUUAUGUUUUCAUGACUUUACUUAUUCCUGGACCUAAGGGUCCAUGCCAUGACAUUGAUGUAUACAUGAGGCCAUUGAUAGACGAAUUGCGAACAUUGUGGGAAAUUGGUGUUGAAACGUAUGAUAUAUAUGCAAAGCAAAAUUUUCAGAUGAGAGCUGCACUUCUUUGGACUAUCAAUGAUUAUCCAGCAUAUGCAUACAUGUCAGGUUGGAGUACGUCUGGUAAAUUGGCAUGCCCAUAUUGUGCAUCUGAUACUUCGCAUCGUCGGUUAUCUCAUGGGUCUAAAACAUGUUAUUUGGGUCAUAGAAGAUUUUUACCGUCUGACCACGUAUGGCGUAAUCAACGAAGCCAAUUUGAUAAUACAAGGGAAAUAAGACUUGCACCCAAGAGACCAUCUGGUGAUGAUGUGAUAAAUGAACUUGGUGAAUUAAGAGAAAUAACAUAUGGCAAGGAUGGGAAAAAGCAUACAAUACUUGGGUUUGGAAAAGAUCAUAAUUGGAAAAAACAUUCAAUAUUUUUCCAAUUGCCUUACUGGAAAACACUUUUGGUGCGUCACAAUUUAGAUGUCAUGCACAUUGAGAAAAAUGUAUUUGAGAAUGUGAUUGGCACAAUGAUGAGCAUUGAUGGUAAAACAAAAGAUUCUUUAAAUGCUCGUCUUGAUCUUCAAGAAAUGGGUAUAAGACACAGGUAUCAUCCAGAAGAAGGAGAUAAUGGUAAGCUCUAUUUUAUCCCAGGCGAUUAUACAUUGUCAAAUGAUGAUAACAAAGCUUUAUGUCAAUGGUUAAUGGAGUUGAAAGUUCCAGAUGGGUACUCUGGAAAUUUAUCUCGAUGUGUGAAUGCUUCAGAGCGUAAUAUUUCUGGUAUGAAAACUCAUGAUUGUCAUGUGUUCUUAGAGAGAUUACUUCCGUUUGUGGCGCGAGAUUUAUUGCCCAAAGAUGUAAGUGAGCCUUUAAUUGAAUUAUCGUACUUUUUCAAGGAAUUGUGUGCUAAAGUUUUAAGAGAAGAUGACUUGAAUCUUCUUGACAAACAAAUUGCCAUAACUCUAUGCAAGUUGGAAAAAAUAUUCCCUCCUGCUUUUUUUGACAUCAUGAUUCACCUAACUUGCCACUUGGCAUGGGAGGCAAAAGUGGCCGGUCCAGUACAAUUCAGGUGGAUGUAUCCUGUGGAAAGGUAUUUGCAUAAGCUAAAGACUUAUGUUCGUAAUAAGGCUCAUCCAGAAGGGUCUAUUGCCGAAGGUGUCUUGGGAGAUGAGUGUUUAAUAUUUUGCUCUCGCUAUUUGCAUCGAGUUGAAACUAAGUUUAAUAAAAGAGAUAGAAAUGACGAUGGAGGUCAACCGUCAUAUGAUGCAUCUCCGUUAUCUAUUUUCUCAACACCUGGUCGAGCUUUUGGGAAAGGUGUACUUAGAGAGAUGAGCAUCGAACUUCAUAAGGCUGCCACUCAUUAUGUCCUGCAAAAUUGUGAUGAAGCUUUUCCAUUUGUCCAAGAACAUAAGAACGUUCUAAUCCAGUCUAGUGUUGAUAAUGUGGAGGAGUCACAUAGGCUUCAAUUUUCAAACUGGAUUUCUAAAAGGGUCACAGAACUAUACAACGAUGGUAAAGUUAGUAAGCAAAUGCUUUCUUUGGCUCGAGGUCCUGAAAGGCGAGUAACUUAUUAUCCUGGUUAUUAUAUUAGUGGUUUUAGAUUUCAUACAUUGCAGCGUGAUGAGAAUAAAAAAACACAAAAUAGUGGAGUUAUGGUUAAGGGGGAGAAUCAGAUUGACGAUGUGCCUUGGUAUGGAACCUUAGUAGAUAUUGUUGAACUCCGUUACACAAAAGGAAAUAGAGUUGUAUUGUUCAAUUGUGAUUGGUAUGACAUGGCACGAAAAGGAACAGGUUACAAGAUAGAUCGUUAUGGAAUAAUCACUGUUAAUACAACACGCAAGCUAAAUACUCAAGAGCCAUUCGUACUAGCAAGCCAAGCAACCCAAGUUUUUUAUGUGAAGGGGGUUAGAAAUAAAAUUUGGAGUUUUGUCGUGGAAACAAAUCCAAGAAAUGCUUAUGAGACGACUAAUGAUGAGAUUGAGCCAUACCAAGAAGCAGAGACUCAAAUUCAAAGCAUGCAUGCCAUCCAAAAUGAUGUUGAAGACAAUGAAAUUGAUUGA